AUGCAUAAUUUCGGCGCGGACUUUGGGGAAGUGUCUCACUGUGCUGUUUGUGAGAUGGCAAAAAGUGUGGAAGGCGACGUUCCGCCAAUACCUGAGCAAAAGUUUGAAUAUUUGGAUCACACAGCCGAUGUGCAACUCCACGCUUGGGGUGCGGAUACUAAGGAAGCUUUUGAACAGGUUGCAAUGGCUAUGUUUGGUUAUAUGACUACAAAUUAUGACUCCAUUGAUAUGACCCGGUCACUCAAAGUCGAAGCAAGUGGCAACGAUAUGAAGAGCCUUUUGUUCCAGUUCCUCGACGAAUGGCUUUUCGCCUUCUCCGCUGACGAGUUCUUCUUCCCAAGGGUGAUAAAAAUAACUGAAUUCGACAGGGAAAACUUCCACAUAAAAUCGGUGGGGUGGGGCGAACCUUUCAAUUUGAAGAAGCAUCCUCAGGGCACUGAAGUAAAAGCCAUCACCUACUCCAACAUGCAGAUCCACGACGCUGAAGGGCAUCACGAAGUCUUCGUCAUAAUUGAUAUCUAG